UUCUCUACAGACAUGUCUUGCUACAAGUUUGUGUUCGUUGCCCUUUUCUGUGGAUUUACGACGCGUCAUGUUUUAAGUCAAUUAGACGGUUAUAUCCCUGGACAAGACUAUCCGAUUUACAACGAGGUUCCACAGGGUUUGUCUUUUAGAUGUGACCAGCGAUUGCCAGGAUACUAUAGCGAUCCCGAAGCUCAAUGUCAGGUUUGGCACUGGUGCUUGCCCAACGGCCAAAAAUUCAGCUUCCUCUGUCCUAAUGGUACCAUUUUCAACCAGUACGCGAGAGUAUGCGAUUGGUGGUUCAACGUAGACUGUGCCUCAACCCCCAACUAUUACAACGUCAAUGAAGAUCUUUACAGGGUUCCUUCUUACAGCAACCAACAGCGUCACGAUCAACAGUAGAUACCUUUGUAAAUGAUUUGCUCAUCCCAGUUACGAAGCGUACUGCUGGUGAUAAUAGGUCGUGGUUUCCAUACUUUGUAGUUCAUUUAACCUUUUCACCAUGCAAACCAUUACAAAUUUCUACUACUUUAACUUAUUCUAUCACCAUUUUCAGUAACAUGAGUUACACCAUUUCUAAAAGACUUGUAGA